UACAGGAGAUGACCAGAGACCGCAGACACAGUACAGGAGAUGACCAGAGACUGCGGACACAGUACAGGAGAUGACCAGAGACUGCGGACAUAGUACAGGGGAUAACCAGAGACUGUGAACAUAGUACAGGAGAUGACCAGAGACUGCAGACAGUACAGGAGAUGACCAGAGACUGUGGACAUAGUACAGGAGAUGACCAGAGACUGUGGACAGUACAGGGGAUGACCAGAGACUGCAGACACAGUACAGGGGAUGACCAGAGACUAAAGACAGUACAGGGGAUGACCAGAGACUGCAGA